CUGUAAAUGUUGACCAGAAACAAGGGCUCACUUCAGUCUUCUCUCCCGUAAGAGCUCUCUAGGGUUGUCUCUGCGGCUGCGUUAUCAAUCAAAGGAGAGGACAUCCACAACAACAGCAGCCAUGGCGACCAAAGUCCAGAGGAUCAUGACCCAACCGAUCAAUCUGAUCUUUAGGUUCCUCCAGAGUAAAGCUCGUAUUCAGAUAUGGCUAUUUGAGCAGAAGGACUUGAGGAUUGAAGGCCGCAUAAUCGGGUUUGAUGAGUACAUGAAUUUGGUUCUUGAUGAGGCUGAAGAAGUCAGCAUUAAGAAGAAGACCAGAAAGCCACUAGGAAGGAUUCUACUAAAAGGGGACAACAUUACGCUGAUGAUGAAUUCGGGAAAGUGAUGAGGAGCAUUUGCAUCAGUGUAGGCUUAAAACAAGAUUUGCAAGUUAUGUUAGGCAUUGUUAUGAUGAAGGGAAUUGUGUGUGAAUUGAUCCGGGAUCUUGUUACAUUUUUAUUUUCAUGUAACUGAGCUUUAUGAACUGUAAUGUUGCAUUUUAUAUGGUAUCUAAGCUGAUCUAUCAUUUUGCAUAAA